AUGUUAUUGUUGUAGCUCCUUUAGCUGGUGGUGGUGCCUUGGUGCUGCAAUCCUCGGUCGCUGGAUUCUGCCGCAUCGGGGAAUUUCGAUCCAUUCUUACCCCUUCAAAUUUGUUGUUCCCCAUCAGAAAUAACGUCGUUAACUAAAUUGAAACGUCAAAGUGAUACGUCAGUUAAGUUGUUUAGGUUCUUAUAGUUAGCAUAGGUACCAGUUUUAGCGGGACUAAUAGAGCGGCUAACAAUACAUUCAGCUAAGCUACGCUAGCAAGAGCGAGCUAACAAGAAAUUAGCAUCUGCAUCACAUCGGUGGCUGGCUUCCGCGGCUGUCAUGGACGACAAAUCUUUUACUAAAGAAUUAGAUCAAUGGAUCGAACAAUUGAACGAGUGUAAGCAGUUAUCGGAAAAUCAAGUCAGGACACUCUGCGAAAAGGCCAAGGAGAUUCUCACAAAGGAAUCAAAUGUGCAAGAAGUGCGAUGUCCUGUGACCGUCUGCGGGGAUGUCCAUGGGCAGUUUCAUGAUCUUAUGGAGCUCUUCAAAAUUGGUGGAAAAUCCCCUGACACCAACUACCUGUUUAUGGGUGACUACGUGGAUAGAGGGUACUACUCUGUGGAAACGGUUACUCUACUCGUCACAUUAAAGGUUCGGUACCAAGAGAGAAUCACUAUUCUCCGAGGAAAUCAUGAGAGCAGGCAAAUCACUCAGGUGUAUGGGUUUUAUGACGAGUGUUUGAGGAAGUAUGGCAAUGCCAACGUGUGGAAAUACUUCACAGACCUCUUUGACUAUCUCCCACUAACUGCACUUGUAGAUACACAGAUCUUCUGCCUUCACGGAGGCCUGUCUCCAUCCAUAGACACUCUGGAUCACAUACGAGCCCUGGACCGCCUGCAGGAGGUCCCACAUGAGGGCCCCAUGUGUGACCUGCUGUGGUCUGACCCUGAUGACCGUGGCGGCUGGGGCAUCUCCCCCCGUGGUGCCGGCUACACCUUCGGACAGGACAUUUCUGAGACCUUCAACCAUGCCAACGGCCUAACCCUGGUCUCUCGUGCCCACCAGCUGGUCAUGGAGGGAUACAACUGGGGCCAUGACAAGAAUGUUGUCACCAUCUUCAGUGCGCCAAACUACUGCUAUCGUUGUGGCAACCAAGCGGCUAUUAUGGAACUGGAUGAUACUCUUAAAUAUUCUUUCCUACAGUUUGAUCCUGCUCCUCGACGUGGUGAACCCCAUGUGACCAGACGUACUCCUGACUACUUCCUGUGAAUGUCCAAAGCUAUCCUCGUUGUCCCAAAAUCUCCACUUAAAAAUUUGAAUAUACUGUACAAGGGAGGUUUAAUAAUUGGAGGAUAAGGUUUAAAAAGAAAAAGGAAAAAAAAAAAACCUGCAAACAGUUAAAACAGGGAGCAAAAGCCCCUCUAUGGUUGUCUAGGAUAUGCUGUCAUUACGCUGUGCUGAUGAAACAUUUACAAUACAUGUUUAAGAUUAUAUUCUGUUUGUUUAAUACAUGUUUAAAAUGAUUGAAAUAUGAAAGUACCAACGUGGACCAAAAUGUGCCAUAUGAUCUUUUAAGACAUGUAAAACUCGCAAGUUUUUUUAAAACAGCAAUAUAGCCCUAUUUGAUCUCUCAAUGACACAUCUCAUAGCAAAUACAGUAAAUUGUGCUUUUUUUGUUGCAAAACUAUUGGUAAGAGUGCUUAAAGUAGUAAAACGGUCAUUUUUAGCAACUCAGGCCUAAUGGCAUGCAGAAAAGUGACUUGUGCUGAUGGAUGUCCCCAGCCAGCGUAUACCAUAAUUUGAAUAAAGACAAUGGACGUAUGAUUAAACAGUUCUGUUGA